AAGACGAAAUAAGACGAAAUGCUAGGUCUGAAAUAUUUUGCAUAGAUCUAUAGAUAGAGUUGUCUAAGGAACUACUGGACUGGGAUAGUGAUUAUGUCACAGAAUAAGAAAACAUCAACUUGUCCACACGUGACCAGUCUCGGGGCUGUUUCAUGGAGCAUCAUCCGAAAAGCUCAAAAGCAUGAGGUAUGUGAUACGUGUGAGAUGCGAGCCACAAACCUUUGGCUAUGUUUGGUUGGCAGAUGCACAUACGUGGGGUGCGGUGAAUCGUUAAAGGACCACAGCUCACAUCAUGCUCAGUUGGAUUUUCAUUGCUUAGCGAUUAACCUGGCAACGCUACGAAUCUGGUGUUACCGCUGUCAAUCCGAGGUGUUCCACGAUCGAAACAAUCCCCCUGUGUUAAUUCCGGACAAAUUAAGCAAGGAGAUGGAAGAAGAUGAUCAGCAUAGUGAGUUUACACCGGAUAACUCUCCGCAACAUUCUGCCUUCGGUGGUGACGACACAGAGUCUGAUGGUGAUGACGAGGUGCACCACGGCAAACCUAAAGGUUUAACCGGUCUACAGAACCUUGGCAACACUUGUUACCUCAAUGCUGCCUUACAAGCCUUGUCUAACUGCCCACCAUUGACGAGAUUUUUCCUGGAUUGUGGUGGAUACGUUCAUGCAGAUCGUAGUAUGUCGCUCAGUAAAAACUACAUGAAACUUAUGCACGAGAUAUGGCAUCGUAAAAGACCGAGUUACUUGGUACCAAGCGGUAUAGUGAGUGGUAUAAAGUUGGUACAUCCGAUGUUUAGAGGGUAUUCCCAACAGGAUACUCAAGAGUUUCUAAGAUGUUUCAUGGACCAGCUACAUGAAGAAUGUAAACAACCAAUCAUUGAGGAGCUAGAUGACCGGGAGGCGGAGACUGAAAUUCAUGAAGAACACCAAACUUCAUGUGAUUGGUCGACCAGUUGUCAAUGGAAACCAGCAGCUGCAGUAGCCAAUCAGAUGGUGACUAUGAAACUUGUGAUUCUGCAUCAGGAAGUGAACUCGGAGGAUGCCUCUGAUGCUAUAAAUAGACCUGGUUAUCUGAAAGUUAAGAAAGACAGUAUAAAUAUGUCGAUGAGAGCCGGAGACAAUACAAGUACUUGUUCUGACGAUCAGAGAAGUGAUUCUGGCGACUUUGUUGACGCAGAAAAUGAACCAUUACGAUCGCGACGGCGUGGUGGCAAGAGGACAGUGUCAGAUUCUUCCGACCGAGAGCAAGCCAACUUGUACAGCAGACGACAGCCAGUCCAAUAUAAACAAUCUGUUAGCACAGUAACUGUUUCUACAACCAAGGAGACUUUUCAAGAUUUAUCAUUACCAAUUCCAUCAAAGGAUCAUUUGCAUAUGUUACAUUCAACAAGUCAUAACUCCGGACAAAAAGGCGGAGCCUGUAGUGAGGUACAUCAAGGAUGGUUACAGUGGAUGGUAGAGUGGAUGAGAAGCUGGUUUUUGGGACCUGUAAUCACUUUACAAGAUUGUCUGGCUGCAUUCUUCUCAGCUGACGAGCUUAAAGGAGAUAACAUGUAUAGCUGUGAAAAAUGUAAAAAGUUAAGAAAUGGGUUGAAGUAUUCCAAAGUUUUACAACUACCAGAGAUAUUAAGCAUACACCUCAAGAGAUUCAGACAUGAGUUCUACUCAUCCAAGAUCGGCACUUAUGUGUCCUUCCCCCUGACUAAUCUAGACAUGAAACCAUACCUUCAUAAAGAUCAUGUAAGCAACGUAACAGUGUAUGAUCUUGUAGCAGUGAUCUGUCACCAUGGAACAGCCGGAGGUGGUCAUUACACAGCAUAUUGUCAGAAUGUGCUUACAGAACAUUGGUAUGAGUUUGAUGAUCAAUAUGUGACAGAAGUGGACGUAAACCAGGUCAUCAACUGUGAGGCAUAUGUCCUCUUUUAUAGGAAGCAGAACGACCACAUGAAUAGUGUAAGACAAGAAGCUAUGGAAUUGAUGAAUAAAAGAGAGCCAAGUUUGAUGCAUUUCUUUGUAUCAAAGCAGUGGAUUAACAGAUUCAACACAUUUGCAGAACCUGGACCAAUCACAAACCAGGAUUUUCUGUGUCCACAUGGUGGUGUUCCCCCAAGUAAGACUGAGUACAUUGGUGAUCUGGUAGAACCACUGACACAAGCAAUGUGGGAGUUUCUGCACCAAAGGUUUGGUGGAGGUCCCUCGUGUAAUCAUUUGUUCCCGUGCACAACAUGUCAUAAAGAACUAGAGACUUUACGAAACAGGCAGAAAACUGAACUGGAGGAGUUUAUAAAGUUAAAUGAAAGGUUUAAGGAAGAAGAUAAUCCUAGCGUGAUUUAUGCUAUCAGUAUGUCGUGGUUUAAGGAGUGGGAAAACUUUGUAAGAGAGAAAGAGGACAAUCCGCCAGGGCCGGUUGACAACAAGAGAAUAGCUGUGAUGAAAAAUGGUCAACUGAUUGUUCGGCCAAACUCUGAUCACGGUCAGUUGUCGAAAGAUAUGUGGCAAUAUCUGUACCAGAUUUAUGGUGGUGGUCCGGAACUAGUCAUCAAGCAGAUCAAUACACAACCGGAACGGUCACGCACAUUAGCUGAGCAGGCUUCGAUGGCAUCUGGUACAAAAGGACACGAAAGAGUGAAUUCUGAAUCCUCAUCUGCAGCAACGUCGAGGGGAAAUCCAGAUUCUGUGGGAAAGGGAAAUCCAGAUUCUAUGGGAAAGGGAAAUCCAGAUUCUUUAGAAAAUUCAACGGAAUGUCAGGAUUCCACUGGAAAUGUAAGAGGGAAACGAGAUUCUACCGGGUCUAGCGGAACAUCUAGAGGAAAUCUUGAUACAACUGAAACAGGAAGUGGUCAGGGCUGUUCAGAUAAUGUGUCAGCAAGAAGUGGUUCUGGUGCAAGAGAGGACGAGACAAAAGGUUCCGAGUCGGACAUGCCAGAAAAUUUAGAAGAAUAAAUCGAAAUCCUGAGUAUUGUAAGAUUGUAAGAAUAACUAAAUUGUGACAUUAACCAAAUUCGAGGAAUAGAUCUAAAUGUUUAUUACUUUUUCUAAAAGUUUAUAGAACGAUCAGAUAAAAUAGUAGUAAUGUACAUGUAAGAAUAAUAAAUGAUAUAAUUCGCAAAGCGAUCAAACAAGAUGAAAAAGAAAUUCUGUGAACUGUAAGAAUAGUUAAACGAUGACAUACACCUGAAAAGAGUGAGACUAAAAAAAGAUUGGAGCACCACACUAAAUACCGGUACAUACCGGACAAGACGCUUGAAUGAUUAAAUGCUAAAAUCUCACCGUUUCACCUUACGGAAUGAACUUUAAAACGUCUAAUUCAUCUUUUCAAUCCGAUUUAUACACAAUAAGGAAUGAAAAUUGUGAUAAUCAGCGAGAAAAAAAACCAUAUUUGUCUGCUUUGUGAUCAUGAUUUCUGCUCCAAUCCUGUUUUGAGUAAAAGAUGAAAAGGAAAUUCUGUGAAUUGUAAGAAUAACUAAUCUGUGACAUUCACUUCUAAUCUCUGCAGAGAAAAAAAAGAUGACAGACUGUGAUGUAAGAAAUAUUAGUGGUGAUAUAACUUAACACUGAACUGUACAAGCUGUGAUUGUAUAUGGACUGAGAAGGCAUUUUUUAGCUCGACUAUACGAAGUAUAUGGAGAGCUGUCCUACUCGCCCCGGCGUCGGCGUCGGCGUCGGCGUCCGCGUCCGCGUCCAGAUUUUAGAUUAAAGUUUUGGUGCAGUAAAAUAUUUUUCACUAUAACUUUGUCAUUUCUUAAGGUAUCAACUUCAAACUUCAAAUAUAUGUUCCUUAUCAUCAACCACAUCUUAUGUGACAAGGUUCAUAACUCUAGCACCAAUAUUUUCAGAUUUAUCUCCCCUUGAACUUAGAAUUUUCCUUAAAAAAUACUAUUUUUUACUGAUACUUCUUUAUUUCUUAAGGGAUCGACCUCAUACUUCAAAUAUAUGUACCUUAUCAUCAUCCCCAUCUUAUGUGACAAGGUUCAUAACUCUAGCACCAAUAUUUUCAGAUUUAUCUCCCCUUGAACUUAGAAUUUUCCUCAAAAAAUACUAUUUCUUACUGUUUCUUCUUUAUUUCUUAAGGGAUCGACCUCAUACUUCAAAUAUAUUUACGUUAUCAUCAUCCCCAUCUUAUGUGACAAGGUUCAUAACUCUAGCACCAAUAUUUUCAGAUUUAUCUCCCUUUGAACUUAGAAUUUUCCAUAAAAAAUAUUAUUUUUUACUGUAACUUAUU